CGGCCUGCUGGGACUUGUAGUUCGAGUCCUGGAUGAUGCCCCGGAGUCCUGCGUUACCAGGUGUGGGUUCUACCUACGCAAGAGGAGAGUCAAACACAAUUCUGUGGAGAAUCUUCAAGAGAAAGGCCUUCAAGAGUCUGGCGAGAUGACUCAGAAACUGAGAGCUCCCCUGGCUCAUGUAAGUUCAGUUCCCGGCACCCACACGGUGCUUCAGCAUCCGUCUCUCCAGUUCGAGGAGCUCCAGUGACCUCUUCCACCUCCAGCAGUACCAGGCAGGCAUGCUCAGCUCAGACACACUUAACACGUGAAAUAAAAGUUCUUAACACAGGAGAAAGAGAAAAGACUUCGGGCCUUCCCAUAGUGGGCUUCUUGGGGGCUAGUUUGGGAAGAAAUGGCCAGUCAGUAACUGGAAGUUGAGUUUGUAUUGUGAAUCUUCAAGAAGUACACAAGGAUAAUUGAAAUAGAUUGCUGUCAAAAAUGGGGAGAAGUGUCUUGCCAUAUAUCCAAAAACCACAAAUUGUGGUGACUCUUUAAAGUUAUCUCACACAUAUUGAAAGUGGAAAAAAAUAUUUAUCUUUGAAAUCCCGAGCCAAAUGUCCAGACGGGACUCCUCUGAGAGCUUGUGUAAGGAGCCUCGGUGGGGAAAAGGUCUCUGUAACUGAAGAAGGAGGGAGAGAAAAGGAAUAAGGAGUAAUGUCAUCCCAUACACCACUGUGCUGAGAACCGUCGUCAAGAACUGGCGCCUCCAUCAUUCUCUGCUGAGACAACUUGCCAAAAUGUCCGUUCAAAGACUCUUUAGUUUCCUCUGACUGUAACAGUAAAGACGUUUUUAAAUGGAGGUCGCCAUUAGUCACUUGGAGUCUUCAGAGAGACCACACAGAGGAAUCCUGUGACUGGUGAUUCCGAGGGGAUGCUUAUCAUCAACCCAGAUGGUCAUCUCUUCAAGAUAAUCCCCACGUCAGAACAACUAUACCCUCGUGGUCAGUGUGGUGAGGACUUCAUUCAGAACUCAAAACUAAUGUGUCAUCAGAGAGACCACCUAAAAGAAAAAGCCUGCAGGCGUGAGCAUCGUGGGAGGGGCUUCAGCUGCUCUGAGCUUUGUGGGCGGGGCUACACAAAGUCUGUUUCCGCAUCAAGCAGUCCACAUGGAUGAGAAACCGUACAAAUGUGACAAGUGCGGGAAGGGCUUCACCAGGAGCUCAAGUCUGCUUGUCCAUCAUUCAGUCCAUACAGGUGAGAAACCUUUCAAGUGUGACAGGUGUGGGAAGGGCUUCAGUCAGAGCUCAAAGCUGCACAUCCACAAGAGAGUCCAUACUGGAGAGAAGCCGUAUGAGUGUGAGGAGUGUGGUAUGAGCUUCAGUCAGCGAUCAAACCUGCAUAUCCACCAACGUGUCCACACGGGAGAGAGGCCCUACAAGUGCGGGGAGUGUGGAAAAGGCUUCAGCCAGAGCUCGAACCUGCACAUCCACCGGUGCACCCACACAGGAGAGAAGCCGUACCAGUGCUACGAAUGCGGGAAAGGCUUCAGCCAGAGCUCAGACCUUCGAAUCCACCUCAGAGUGCACACUGGGGAAAAGCCCUACCACUGUGGCAAGUGUGGGAAGGGCUUCAGCCAGAGCUCCAAACUCCUCAUCCAUCAGAGAGUCCACACGGGAGAGAAGCCGUAUGAAUGCAGCAGGUGUGGGAAGGGCUUCAGCCAGAGCUCCAACCUCCACAUCCACCAGCGGGUUCACAGGAAGGAGCUUCCCUAAGUAACAUGAGCCCCCCUCGGGAGUUCAGAAUACUUUUAGUGUAAGAAAAAUAUUUUUCAUGGCUGAAUGUGCAUAUCAGAGGUAGAGUGCUUGCCUAACAUGUAUAAAGCCCUGAGUUUGAGCUCUAGUACCCCACCACAGUUUCCAGCUUAGUACUUUGUGCAUGUAGGAAUGUGUGUUCAUGCAGAGAGGGGUACAUCCAUGCAUUGUGCUGGUGUGUGCAUGCACGUGUGCACGUGUGUGGAGAUCAGAGGACAUCUCAGGUGCGCAGAUGCUUACCACGGGUUUGUUUGUUUGUUUGUUUGUUUGUUUUUGAGACUGGAGAUUUGUCUGUUAGUCAUGGCAUGGAAUGUCACCAAGUAAGCCAAGCCAGAGUCCCAGGAUCUAUCCGUCUCCACUUCCCACCUCACCAUGGCUAGGAUUACAGGUGUGUGCCACCACACUUUUUACAUGGAUUCUGUCUCAAGCUU